AUGUCUCAAGUAGCACAAUCGCAAUUAACUCAGGAACAACCACAUAUGUCAUUAAUGUCAACAGCACCGGCUGAUCCAUCUCAAGCAAGCCUUGCUAAUUUAAACAUUACGCAAGAGGAACCUCCUUCUCAACAGCAACAGGCAAAUGAUCAGGAAGUUAGCAACGAGGAAGAAUUACAAGAACAGGGAGACGUGGAAGAUGAUAUGGCACUAGCUUCAUUCGUACCUAUUGAAAAAUUACAAGUAAAUGGUUUAACCACAUCAGAUAUAAAGAAACUAAGGGAAAAUGGUCUUCAUACAGUGGAAGCAGUCGCUUAUGCGCCAAGAAAGGCACUUUUAGAAAUUAAAGGUAUAUCAGAAGCAAAAGCUGAUAAAUUAUUAAAUGAAGCCGCUAGAUUAGUUCCCUUGGGGUUUGUCACAGCUGCAGAUUUCCAUAUGAGAAGAUCUGAAAUGAUUUGUUUGACUACAGGAUCUAAGAAUCUUGACACUUUACUUGGUGGUGGUGUUGAAACUGGGUCAAUCACUGAAUUGUUCGGUGAAUUUAGAACUGGUAAAUCUCAAUUAUGUCAUACUUUAGCUGUAACGUGUCAAAUUCCUUUAGAUAUUGGUGGAGGAGAAGGUAAAUGUUUAUAUAUUGAUACUGAGGGUACGUUUAGACCUGUUAGAUUGGUUUCCAUUGCUCAAAGGUUUGGGCUUGAUCCUGAUGAUGCGCUAAAUAAUGUUGCCUAUGCAAGAGCUUACAAUGCAGAUCACCAACUUAAAUUAUUAGAUGCAGCAUCACAAAUGAUGAGUGAAUCUAGAUUUUCAUUAAUUAUUGUUGAUUCUGUGAUGGCUUUAUAUAGAACUGAUUUUUCAGGUCGUGGUGAAUUGAGUGCAAGACAAAUGCAUUUAGCUAAAUUUAUGCGUGCUUUACAAAGGUUGGCUGAUCAAUUUGGUGUUGCAGUGGUUGUUACCAAUCAAGUUGUUGCUCAAGUUGAUGGUGGUAUGAGUUUCAAUCCUGAUCCAAAGAAACCUAUUGGUGGUAACAUUAUGGCUCAUUCUUCAACAACUAGACUUGCAUUUAAGAAAGGUAGAGGUUGUCAAAGAAUAUGUAGAGUUGUAGAUUCACCAUGUUUACCAGAAGCAGAAGGUAUAUUUGCCAUUUAUGAAGAUGGUAUUGGUGAUCCAAGGGAAGAAGAUGAAUGA